UAAAAGUUAAAAAAGGACCACAAUUUGGCAUUGAAAGGUGUUUUAUAAGCUGCAGCUACAGUGUGCUGUACAUCAGUUGGUGCACGCAGUCGUCACUGUGAAGUUAGCUACUCGUCCCUUCUGUAGAUUGUCUUGACUGCUUGAUGAAGAUGAUGAUGCGAUCUGUUCCCGUCUUCGUGUUUCUAGGCCUCUUGGUCUUCCAGGUCGCCCUUGCCUGGCCGGAGCGUCGCACCUUCGACGAGUUUCCAGAACAAAAGCGUAACGAUGAGAGCAAACUGAUGGAUGAGCUGGUCUCCCGCCUUCUAGACAACAAACGAGGUGCUCUCAAGCCAGCUUGCGGUAAAGAGAAGGAUUUCGAGUGUUGGGAUGUUGGUUGUUUUGUUCUAAUUGGAAAAGAUAUAGACGUGUUUAUCGACUACUCGCCCAUCGGUGGGUUGUAUGUUUCACUUGAAUACUACAAGAACGACUAUGACAUGGAAAUCCUCAUCGACGAAGAACUGAAAGCGUCCGAUCUGUCCGAAUUGCUUCCAUACUCCAAGAAGUUCAAAUACAAGAGAAAGGUUUUUACGUUGACCAUCCAAAACAUCGUGCUUGGAGGAGAAGACUCGGAUGCAGUCAUAACUGGGGUGUGCCUGGAGUAAUGACACAGACUACACCGCAGCCGUAAAGAAACCGACUAUUGGACCAGGAACCGACCAUGCAUUUGAAUGGGAUUUCUUGAGUUUUGUUUUAUGAGUUUUGGGAUUUUUCUAUCAACAGACUUAGAUUCUUACAUUAGGUUUUCAUAUACUAAUCGUCACUGAUAUUCUCCGGGGCUCGUUCUUCCACUAAAUUUCUUGUACCAAACCACCUGCGUUUUUAUCAGCUUUAAGAUUCUUUCCUUUCAUCAUAAAUCUAGUAAUUCGUAACGUUUUAUUACACUAUGAGCCUUAUUCACGAAGUCGGCCAUUUUUGUCGAGUUCCCUGAAUGUAUAUCAUUAUAUUGUUAACUGUUGAAUGGGAUGGCGCAAGACUAUUUUGCAGGCACAAUGCAGCCUUAUUUUAAUGUCAUUUCUUUUUGAAAUACGGCUUUAAACAUUAGUGAAGGUUUAAUUACACACUUUAUAUUAUUAAUUGAAGUAGAUUGGAAUUUAUCGUAAAUUAACUUGCUUUUAUUUCUCUGCACUGUAUGCACUGGGGGACGAGGUUGCAUUGGGCCUACAUGUGAUUGUGAAUGAGAAGUAUUGAGCCCUUGUCAUUGCAAAGGCCUAAGCGUCGCCCUUGUUGAAUAAAGUUUAUUCGAUUACGAUUAGACGCUAUAUCAAUUAUAACAGAGCAGUGAAAUUCAUGCAUCCCAACAAACAUGGCUUUCUUUGCGUUGUGUGUCUCGGAAAACAUGCUCAGUAUGAUUGAAAUGUCAAAUUAUAACGGAAGAAGAUAUUCUAGACUUCACGUUUGUGAAAAAUCGCCGUCAUUGAUUCUGAAACAUCAAUACUGGUCACUGGCAAAACUGACGUUAUAGUCGGGGAGAAAUCCUUCGAAAACGUCCCCAAAUCUAUAUAUUAAUCUCAAUUUCUAAGAAUCUCCUCAAGUUGUUAGUUCACGAGUUGUUGAACAUUUGUAUCAACUAAGUAUAUUCCGAAUUUUAGCUGUAUCUGUAGCUGCAAAUGCUUGUUACACCUUGAACUGUCUCCGAGGUAAAUUUUGACGAGGAUUAGUUUGCUAACCGAACUAGCUCAGGAGCAUAGUUUUCAGGUUGGCUAAUUUUGGGGAAACAAUGACGAAGUGCGGAUUACUAUAUGUUCAUUAGUGUCACUCGACAUAACUUCACGAGGGUCUUGGUAUCGACCAAUGGAAGCUGGCAAAAGGGGUGAUAUUUAUUAAUUAAUAACUCGCGAAGGAGGCUAUUCUGCAUUUUUUUACUGCGCAGCAAAAUGGAUAGGAGCCUUAUUAAUAUUGAUGAGGCUUGACAAGAUUGACAGAUUGCAAACACCGGUGAUACAACUUUUACAAAUGCACGUAGCCAGGCCUAUUUUUCCAAUUUAAACGAAAAGUACUAAACAUAUCCAAGUUUCUUGUCUGACUUUUUUUGGUAACGGGCGAAAACUCUCACAAUUCUUUUACCAGUUUCUUGUUCUAGCAUAAAUUGUUUGUUAUAUCAGAACUUUGUAUUAAGAGGAACAUCAGUCCCAUUCACUGUGCACAUACAUGCACAGUCAGGACCAAGGUUUUAUGUUUGUUAUAUUAGAAUUGUGUAUUAAGUUAACAGAGUUUGUACUAACGAGAGUCGACUGUAUGAUAAAAACGAAUGCUAUGCGCGUCAACAAACAUGAUGACGUCACUGUC